AUGACUGUCACCCCUGUGCAGAACAAAGUCGACAUCUCGGCAAUGAGCGAGCAAGAUCAGAAGGCUUUCAAAAUGUACGGUAAGGUACCUGGAAAAAAUCUAUUCACCAAGAUGCAGAAGGAACGUAAAUAUUUCGAUUCGGGAGACUACAUGAUGUCUAAAGCUGGUGUCCAAUCUGCCCAAGCUCCGGGUACUGCUCAUCCUACUCCUGAAGCCGUACCUCACGCAUCUCCUCCUGCCGGUCACCCUCAAGGUAUCCUUUCCUCAUCUCCUACAGGCAACGCUCUUCCUUCUCCAGCACAUGAAGGUCAUUCACCCACUUCAGAGAAACCAUCUUUUCCUGGUGUUGGAGUAGGUAUCAGUCCUGCAGCAACCAGUGAAGCUAUUGAAAUGCCAGGUCAUCAUCGUCAUCAACGAAGAGGAAGUGAGAGUGGCAACCAUCCCAGGAUCUCACCACCCGGAACCAUCAGAGAGAAUUCUCAGUCAUCUUCAUUCCCGAUCCAUCAUCCCAACCCUGGAGGAUACGGAUCUUCUCCCGUCAAGGCAAGUAGUUUGGCAAAGCGAUUAGACGAAGAAGCAGAAUUAUGA